AUGUUGUCAAAUAUUGUUAAAAAGACAAUUCAAUCAAGUAAGAAUUUAAAAAGUUUAGUAUUAAAUAAAUCAACAUCAUCAUUGGUUUAUCAAAAGAGAUUUUUAAAUGUUCACGAAUAUCAAGCACAAAAAAUGAUGAAAUCAUAUGGUAUCAAUUGUCCAGUUGGUAAUGUUGCAGAGACACCAGAAGAAGCUGAAAAGAUCGCAGAAGUUAUGAACACACAAGAUUUAGUAGUCAAAGCACAAGUUUUAGCAGGUGGUAGAGGUAAAGGUAUUUUCACAAGUGGACUUAAAGGUGGUGUUCAAUUAUGUUCAUCAGCAGAGGACGUAAAGAAAUUUGCAUCAAAAAUGUUAGGUCAUACAUUGGUAACCAAACAAACCGGUGAAGAUGGUAAAGUAGUUCAUCAAGUUUACGUCACUGAACGUCAUUUCCUUCGUAAGGAAAUGUAUUUCGCAAUUCUUAUGGAUCGUAAAGCUGGUGGUCCAGUUAUGGUUGCUUCACCAGAGGGUGGUGUCGAUAUUGAAGGUGUUGCUCGUGAUAAUCCAUCUGCAAUCUUCAAAGAACCAAUCGAUAUCAUGAUUGGUGUUCAACCAGAACAAACUAAAAGAUUAGCUGAAAAAUUAGGUUUCUCAAAAAAAAAUAUUUCAAUGGCUCAAGAUCAAAUGAAAAAAUUAUAUGACUUUUUCAUUAAGAAUGAUUGUACAUUAGUAGAGAUUAACCCAUUAGCAGAGACAGCAUCUGGUGAUGUAUUAUGUAUGGAUGCCAAAUUGAAUUUCGAUGAUAAUGCUGCAUUCCGUCAUCCAGAUAUUUUCAAAUUAAGAGAUAAAUCUCAAGAGGAUCCACGUGAAGUUAAAGCAGCAGAGUUUGAUUUGAACUACAUUGGUUUGGAUGGCAAUAUUGGUUGUUUAGUAAAUGGUGCAGGUUUAGCAAUGGCAUCAAUGGAUAUCAUUAAACUCUAUGGCGGUAGCCCAGCAAACUUUUUAGAUGUUGGUGGUGGUGCCACUCAGAAACAAGUCACUGAAGCAAUCAAACUCAUCAGUAGCGAUAAAAAAGUUAAAUCAAUUUUAGUCAAUAUUUUCGGUGGUAUCAUGAAAUGUGAUGUCAUUGCUUUAGGUAUCAUCGCUGCUUUGAAGGAGUUAUCAAUCGCCACCCCAUUAGUAGUUCGUCUCCAAGGUACCAACGUUGAAGCUGCAAAGAAAAUCAUGGAAGACUCUGGUCUUCGUCUCAUUGCUGCUGAUAAUCUCGAUGAUGCUGCUCAAAAAUCUGUAAGAAUCGCUGAAAUCGUUUCACUUGCCGAAAAGAGUGAUCUCGAAAUUUCUUUUAAAUUACCAUUAUAA